CUGGCCUUCACCAACUUGGUCUGGCAGAGCUGCCGGGCGCUUCCCGGUGUCAUCUGCAGUGGGCGCUGGCCGCCAAGCCACUGGCGGAGUCCAGAGGCCGGAAGAAGCGCGCACCGCCCCACUAGCUCCAGCCGCCGCCAUGAAAGCUGUAGUGCAACGCGUCGCUCGGGCUAGCGUCACAGUUGGAGGAGAGCAGAUAAGCGCCAUUGGACACGGCAUCUGUGUUUUGCUGGGCAUUUCUCUGGAAGAUACACAUAAGGAACUGGAGCACAUGGUCCGCAAGAUUUUAAACUUACGUGUGUUUGACGAUGAAAGUGGGAAGCACUGGUCGAAGAGUGUGAUGGACAAACAAUACGAGGUGUUAUGUGUCAGCCAGUUCACCCUCCAGUGUGUCCUCAAGGGCAACAAGCCCGACUUCCACCUGGCAAUGCCCACGGAGCAGGCAGAGAAUUUGUACAACAGCUUCCUGGAGCAGCUGCGCAAGACGUACAGGCCAGAGCUCAUCAAAGAUGGCAAGUUUGGUGCAUACAUGCAAGUUCACAUUCAAAACGAUGGGCCUGUGACCAUAGAACUGGAAUCCCCAGCUCCUAGUGCUGCUACAUCUGACCCAAAGCAGCCAUGCCUCAGAUGUGAGAGGGACAAAGUGCCACUGGGAACCAGAGAAGAGGAGCUCAGGAGCAGUUGUCAAAGCUUGAAAAACAACAGCAGAGGAAAGAAAAGACCAGAGCCAAAGGGCCUUCUGAAUCAAGCAAAGAAAGAAAUGUUCCUCGCAAAGAAGACCGCAGUGCCAGCAGUGGGGCUGAGGGUGAUGUGUCUUCUGAACGGGAACCAUAGACUUCAGGAAUGGAACUCAGUGCAUUAUUAUUGGGUGAAACUGGAUUCUGAAAAAUUCAUGAAAGAUGCUAAACACUUAAACUGCUUCAAGAAUUCGGAACUAAAUUGUGAAAAGGAAGACAGAAAGAAGAAAUCAGGAACCUGAAGAGCCCUGCAAAAAACACCAAAGGAACGUUACCAUUUUCUGUUGUUGCUGUGGUCUGAUGGAGGAAGUGGGUGCUGCCAGUGCAGAGAACGAGCCCUGUGCUCAUGGCAGCAGGCCAUACACCUGUGUCUCACCCACAAGAAGACUUUGUUGGAUCCUGUAUUGUCUUUGCUUACUUUUGGAACAGGCUGGCCCAAUAUCAUUUGUCAUCAUGUUCUUUUUUCACACUGUGGUUUAUUUCUGUGUGUCCAUUAUGGAUGGGUUUCAAAUACAUUCAUGCUAUCCAUGUUCUUCCCAACAUUGAGCAAGCCAGUGCCCAUGUAAAGAGAACAAUCACCAAUGAUAAUGUAUUAUGUGUGGCUUUUGCAUCUUGUAAAUUUUCCCUUUUUUCUAAAAAAAUAAUAAAACUCCAAACCUUA